CGUCGCCAACGCGUAGAUUUCCUCACCCACAAACACAUAAACUCCAACUCCGACAAGGCUGCACCACCAACUUUCUGGCCGGCCCCAACGCCCCGUCUCUCGUCAUCGUCGGCUUGAGCCAUUAGCAGUGUCUGAUGAUGGACAUCUCCUGGCUCCCCCAUGUCUCGAACUGGUCGUAUCCAGUGAUAGUUGCCAAGAGCUUAGCCUUGACCAUCGUCUCUCUAUCCGUGGGCCCGAGCAUUUACUUUACGGUUCUGGGCGCGUGGUUCGUCUACUACUACUUCGGGGAUUGGUUGGUCCUAGCCUAUUGUCCCACCCCGUCACGCAGGACCCGGUCUUUCCGCCUCCCGGCCUACGAGCAUGUUCCACUGAGGCACCAGGACUCGAUAAGGUUGCUGAAGCUGAAGAAAGCCAAAGACGGCACCAUCGAGUUCGAGCUUGAGGAAGUCCGCCUGAGAGAAGCUCCACCAUACGAAGCCCUCUCGUACGUGUGGGGACCGACCGACAACCAGUGCGCGAUCCAAUGCAAUGCACGCCAGUUCCUGGUCACGAACAAUUGCUAUUCUGCCUUGGAUCAACUUUCUUCGAGGACUUUCCGACGGUUCCUGUGGAUCGACUCUCUGUGCAUCGACCAGAGGGACCUCCCGGAGUCGGUCGAUGAGCGCAACAGGCAGAUCAAGCUGAUGGGCGAGAUUUACAAACGCGCACUUCGAGUCACCGUCUGGCUUGGCGACAGUGAUGAUGGGAGCGAUGUGGCGUUUCGGUACAUACAAUUCAAAGCCAGUGUAUGGUGGUUAGCAUCCUACUUGCGGCCGGUCAGCGACCUGGUCGAUGGGAUUCUGCUGAGGAUUAUGAAAGCUCGAGGGCAUGACAAGCUUCUCUGGGCCUUUGUUAAGCGGCCAUGGUUCACGCGGAUUUGGACGAUACAGGAGGUUGCUCUUGCCGGGGACGCCGACGUCGUCUGCGGAGGGAGAACCCUGCCGUUCGACCUGCUGGCCAGCUCGUUGCUGGUACUGCUGCAGCAAACCUUGCAGCAAUCCGUGGGAGGCAACAUUCUAACCUACAUUCAGCUCAUGGAAAAUGCGAGAUUUCGAUACAAACUGCGGAAUCUGAGGCACCAAGGGAGAGCUUUGCCAGACGCACCGUCUUUCAUCAGGUACCCACAUACCUUCACGUUCGAUCCGGCAGAAUUCAUGGCUUGGGCCCGAAUCUGCAACGCAUCGAACCCAAAAGACAUGGCGUAUGGAUUUUUCGGCAUCCUUCGAGAGCUAGGUAUUGGCCUGCCCGAGCCUGACUACCGCCUCGGUCUAGGCAGAAUAUACUGGGAUUUCACGGUGCAUAUGCUCACGCACACGAAUUGCCUCAACAUUCUCCAAUCCGCUUUCUCCGACACGUCCACCCUCGACGACGCCCCGACGUGGGUUCCAGAUCUUCAUGACCCCGGGCAAUCUCCCCGAUCCGCGGCGGGGAUCCGCUGUGGAUCCGCUCAUGCCUUCAUGGGAGAACGUCUCAGCGCCACGAAAAGUUCCGCGCCUUGCUUCACUCUUCUCGAGGGCAAUCGAAUCCUUAAACUUCACGGACACAAGGUUGACGUAGUGCGCAAUUACAGUUCCCAGAUGAUCUGGUCCCACGAAUCAAAUCCCAACGACGGCCUGGCAGCCAUGCUCGAGAAUGGUUUCCUCGAGACGAUCUCGGCGCUGAGAGAUUGGUUCAAUAUCAGCCAGGAUCCAGUCGUCACCAGGCACUACGGCGGCGUUGAGGGAAGCCGCAGGGCUUUUUGUCAAACUCUAUGCCAGAAAUUUGCCGUCAUACUGGGGCAUGGCGAUAGUGACGUAUCCUCUAGCUGGCUGGAUAUUCUGCAGCAAGCUGUCCAUAACGACAACAACCCCGACGAAGACAAUAAUCCCGAUGAAAGAAUCGACUUGGUGCGCCACGCUGCGACUAUCGUCCGCUGGGGGUCGAACAGACACGCCGACCUUCAAGCCUUACUAGAGGAUCCGCUUCGCAACCCUCUUGCUCUGAUCCCCGAGUGGCAGAUCUUAUGUGCACUACAUGUGCAUCCUGAUACUAGCAUUAUGCAGCACAUCGUGUCCGUCAUGUGCCAGAAUCGCGUCUUCUUCACGACGGCGGGCGGGCGGAUGGGGAUAGGCCCACGGUCCAUGAAGAAAGGGGAUGUGAUUGUGCUGCUUGUGGGCAUGGACUUUCCAAUGGUUCUUCGGCUCGUCGGAGAGAGUGGGAAUAGAUAUACAGUCAUCGGUCCUGCGUUCGUGAUGGGGGUUAUGGAAGGGGAAAUUUGGCGCGGUGACGAUGAGUCGAAAACAGACGUUUUCGAGCUGAUCUAACAGCAUUUGUAUGGGACGAUAUUAGUCUCAGGUGUGAAUGGAGAAGGGGCGGGAGGGAAAGGCUACGAAUUGAGGUGGGAAUAAGGUCAAAAAGGAGGAUCAGAUUGUUGACGAUCCGCGCUCGUUGCCGGGUUCCCGGCUCCUUCA